ACUUGUAUGAUCGUAAAUUAUGGCACCAACUUACUCUAAAAAUUGAAGAAUUCUUUACAGAACCAACCUCUGGUCCUUAUCAGAUUCAACUAUUUCAAUAUUUUAUAUCUGACUGGGAAAGCAAGAUGAAUAAACUUAAAUUAGUGAGGUUGGGACUUUGUGUCGCGAAACAUUUUAGCGAUUAUAAUGAAGCCCUGGCCUUUCUAACGUCACUCGUUGAAAAAGUUGAUACGCCUGAAACGCGUGAUGCAUAUGUUCUUGCCGUGACAGAAACUGCUUAUAUAAAGCUUAGAUUAUUUGAUCUUGAGGGCACGAAGGCUGCUAUGGAUGAAUGUGAAAAAAUUCUUGAUACAUUUGAUUCCGUGGAAACUAUAAUUCACGCGAGUUUUUAUCGUGUUUGUGCCGAUUUUUACAAGGCAAAAGCGGAAUAUGCACAGUAUUACAAGAAUGCGUUGCUUUAUCUAGCUUGUAUUCAACUUGAAGAAUUGACAUUAGAAGAAAAAGCUGAGAGGGCCUAUGAUUUGGCGAUUAGUGCACUAUUGGGCGAUACCAUUUAUAAUUUUGGUGAACUGUUAAUGCAUCCAAUCUUGGAUACGUUAACAAACACUCCUCUUGAUUGGCUCAGGAAUUUAUUAUUUGCGUUUAACGCAGGGGAUAUUGGCAAAUUUGAAAUGUUGGCUGUGAAUUUUGCUCAACAGCCUAUAUUACAAAACAACAUGUCAUUUUUACGUCAAAAAAUCUGUCUAAUGUCAUUGAUUGAAGCAGUGGAAUAUCUAAUAAUGAAAGCUCUUUCGCUUAAAUUGAUUCGUGGGUCAAUUGAUCAAGUUGGUGAGGUAGUAGUUGUAACGUGGGUUCAGCCGCGUGUUUUAGAUAAAGACCAAAUUGAUAAUAUGAGGCAAAGAUUACAAGAAUGGGAUGAAAAUGUAAAAAGGACUGCUAUAUUUGUAGAAAAUGAAACGCCUGAAUUAUUUAUUCAGUAA